GCCAUUUGCUUUGCUCCGCCCUAGAACCCGGGAGUCAAAGCCGCUUCCCAACCUAGUUCUGUCCCGCAAUCCCCUGCUUCCUCUUUUCUUCCAACAUGACAGAUACCGCUGUGUCCUUCGCCAAGGACUUCUUGGCAGGUGGGGUGGCCGCGGCCAUCUCCAAGACUGCGGUGGCGCCCAUCGAGCGGGUCAAACUGCUGUUGCAGGUGCAGCAUGCCAGCAAGCAAAUCAGCGCAGAUAAGCAGUACAAGGGCAUUAUAGACUGUGUGGUUCGAAUCCCCAAGGAGCAGGGAGUCCUGUCCUUCUGGCGUGGGAACCUGGCCAAUGUCAUCAGAUACUUCCCCACCCAGGCUCUCAACUUUGCCUUCAAAGAUGUAUACAAGCAGAUCUUCCUAAGUGGUGUGGACAAGAGGACCCAGUUUUGGCGCUACUUUGCAGGGAACCUGGCAUCAGGUGGUGCCGCAGGGGCCACGUCCUUGUGCGUUGUGUAUCCUCUUGAUUUUGCCCGUACCCGUCUAGCAGCCGAUGUGGGUAAAGCUGGAGCUGAAAGGGAAUUCAAAGGCCUUGGUGACUGCCUGGUUAAAAUCUACAAAUCUGAUGGGAUUAAGGGCCUGUAUCAAGGCUUCAAUGUGUCUGUGCAGGGUAUUUUCAUCUACCGAGCUGCCUACUUUGGUAUCUAUGACACUGCAAAGGGAAUGCUUCCAGAUCCCAAAAAUACUCACAUCAUCAUCAGCUGGAUGAUUGCACAGACAGUCACUGCCGUUGCCGGCUUGACUUCCUAUCCAUUUGAUACUGUUCGCCGCCGCAUGAUGAUGCAGUCAGGGCGAAAAGGAACUGACAUCAUGUACACAGGCACACUUGACUGCUGGAGGAAGAUUGCUCGUGAUGAAGGAGGCAAAGCUUUCUUCAAGGGUGCAUGGUCCAAUGUUCUGCGAGGCAUGGGUGGUGCAUUUGUGCUUGUCUUAUAUGAUGAAAUCAAGAAGUUCACAUAAGUCACAUUUCCUAAGUUCUUCCUGGGAACAGGCAUGUUGCAUCAUAUAACAUAUCUUGAGCAUUCCAAACAGACUCUGCUGUCUGUUUAUCAUGGCAACUAUUUACUGGUUGAAAACGGGAAGCAAUAAUAUUCAUCUGACCAGUUUUCUUCUAAAGCCAUUUCCGUGAUGAUAAUGAUGGGACUCAAUUCUAUUUUUUAUUUCAGUC